GCUCUGCAGCAGUCGGCAUCAGUUGAACAGAAAAUCGCAAAAGAUAAACGCGUUGAACAAGCGCCCAUCAAAGUAAAAGCAAAAGCAAAAGCUAAUAAAAAAUUUAAAAAUUACAAUUUCGUGCAUUUAUAGAAAGUGAAAAGUAAAUUGAAAGUGAAAAAAUGGCAAACCUACCAUUGAUCUUGAGCUUGGCCGAUGACCUCAGCCGCUUGACGCCCUUCUACGAACCGGCCUUCUAUUCGCGCUGGCCAGCACUAGCUACCGCACCCGGAAAUCAACUGCGUAAAUUCGAAAAGGAUUUGCCCGUAGCCACUGUGGGCAAGGACGGUUUCCAGGCCAGUUUAGAUGUGCAGCAAUUCAAGCCUAGUGAAUUGAGUGUUAAAGUGGUUGAUGACCAUAUCGUGGUCGAGGGUAAACAUGAGGAACGUGAAGAUGAUCACGGUUACAUUGCAAGACACUUUGUUCGCCGCUAUGCUUUGCCAAAAGGAUUCCAGGCCGAUAAAGUUGUUUCUACCUUGUCUUCGGAUGGCGUCUUAACGGUACGUGUGCCAAAGCCAGCCAUCGAGGAUAAGUCCAAUGAGCGCGUAAUUCAAAUUCAACAAGUUGGUCCAGCUCACUUGAAUGUGAAGGAGAAUCCCAAAGAAGUCACCAGUGAGGAGCAGGCAAGCGCUUAAGUGUUUACUGUCUGCACUCGCUUUGUUGCUCAGGGUUGAUUCAGUCAAUUUAAUCGAAUCGUUUAACUGUUAAAUCACUUCAAUCAGUAUACAUACACAUGCACAUAUGCAAUUAAUUGCUACCAAAAAUUGUAUUAUAAUAUUACAUUAUUUCUAAAAUAUAUAUAAUAUUGCAUUUAAAUAAAUCCUAACAUUAAAAGAUAAA